CAGGCGCUGAAUUCACUCGUCUCGAUCUGCUCGACCCACCUUUCAUGCGAGGCGGAGAGUGGAAGGAAGAGCCGGCCCAAUUCAUGCAGCCGCUCGAGCGCAUCAUCGCCGUCGAGGACGACGAUCGUGGGGAAGGGAAAGAGAGCGGGUCCCGAUUGAAUCAAGACUCGGUCCUGCUCUCCUCCUUUCUUCCUCACACCAUCAACAACGCCAAGCUUGAUUCAAGAUGGCGGCAGUCAACGAUAAUAUGUGGGACAAGGUCUCCAAGCUCAUCCCGGGCGCUCAUCCAACUCAUUCUAUCCUUGGCUUCAAGCUACUUGAGGAGGACCCAGUCAUCGCGUUGGCUAAGCAAGCAGGCUUCCGCGUAGCAGAGUAUGACCUGCCGCCUUACCCGCUCAAGCUGGCUGGCAUCAUCGGUCUGCGCAUGAUGGCCUUCAUGUUCUCUUCUGGUGCCUUGGCUUGGUUCCUCUACCACUUUGUAGCCAAGCGAUCUCCUGUCCUCAACUACGGCUGUCUCGGUCUUCUCGCUACUAUGCUCCUCGCUUGGCCCGAGGUCGUUGGGCGGUCCGGUGUCAUGCUCCUCGACUUCUGGAGGCCGGCACUUGGAUUCAGGUCAGCGCUCCUCGUCUGGGACAUCUUUCAUAUCCGUACGCGAGAGGAGGUCGAGUCGUGGAACCCCUUCCGCUUCUUCUGCCACCUGUGGGCUUUCCCCAAAGAGGAGGAGGAAAUCGCUGAGCGCACCCGCGAGGAAGGCUUUGAGCGCGACCCUCGCUGGGAGAACCUCAAGGGCAUGCCCAAAGUCAUCAUCGAGGGCAGCAUUCUCCUUCUCACCCUGUACGUUAUCCCCCCGGCGGAGCUCACAGUCGGCAUGAGCCGCGUCGCCUACCACGCCUACUGCGACUCUCUUGGCCUGUCCAUCCUGAUGGCCCUUGCCCUCUUCGGUGACGGUCUUCUCAAGUCUCUGGGUAUCCUCUUUGGCGUCGAGAUGGCCGACAUGUUUGAGAACCCCCUCGGCACCACAAACAUCCGCCUCUUCUGGUCCCAUUGGAAUCGCGCCAUUGCGUCGGUGCUGCAUCGCGUCGUUUUUGGUGGUGGACGCAACAGCAAGUCGUCGGUACGCAGCCAGAAGAAGAAGGCCGACGCCGCCGCCGUCAAUAAGAAGGGCGGACGUGCUCAGCAGCUAGCACAGCGUCAGCACAUGGACCAGCUCUCCGAGACCGAGGCCGAGACGGGCAAGACGGAUGACGAGGACGAGGGAGGACUUCGCCACCGCAAGGGAGCCAUUAAGCCUAUGACUCCCGCUGGUAACGGCAAUGGCACCGCCAAUGGCUCAGAGAAGACCAAGGCUGCCUCCCAGCAGCAGCAACAGCCCCGCAAGAAGGGGCCCUUCUACCCCAAGGCCAUCGCUGCAAUCGCGACCUUCGCCAUGUCCGGUAUCUUCCACGAGCAUAUCACGCGCAACACUCUGGGCUUCGCAAACGGGGAGAACUUCAUCUUUUUUGUCCUCAACGGUGUCGCCACCGUUGCCUCGACGUGGUUCAAGCGCACCUUCCCCAAGCAGAAUGAGCGAAUCCCCACUUGGCUGAGCCUCAUUCUUCUGCACACCUUCUUCUUCACCGUCAUCCCGCUCUUCUGCUCGCCUUUCAUCAGGAGCGGCUUCUUCACGCAGAUGGAUGCGCUCAAGUACGAGUUGCUGCCUAUUGCGCCCAGAAAGAGGGGAAGCUUCAUCUACCUUUUCGGCAACUGAGGCUGAGAAGUCUGCGAAGCCAAGGCUUCUUUUUUCAAGGGACUCUUGACAUCAGCACUGCUUCAACCGAUUACCCCGACAAAAUCCUCUCACUGCGUCGCUUCGCCAUCAAUCAAUCAAUCAAUCAAUCAACCACACACUCAACUCACUGUAUCGCACCUGCUAUUGCUAUUGCGCCGCAAUCUCUCCGAACUCCUUCGCCGGCUGUACCUCUCUGUUUUGCUCCAACGCUCCGCUACUCGCUGUCUUGAACAAAUGCAAAGCCUUUCUCUCGAGCUCCACU